AUGGGCAAAGUCGCUGCUGCCGUUUCCGCGGCCCUGUUGCUCGCCAGCAACGCCGCUGCUCUCGACCCUAUCGUCAUGAAGGGCACCAAGUUCUUCUACGAGAACGGAACCCAGUUCUACAUCAAGGGUAUCGCCUACCAGCAGGACACCGCCGCCGCCGGUGGCGAGUCCAAGACUGGCGAGUUCAAGGACCCCCUCGCCGACGAGACCGCCUGCAAGCGCGACGUCCCCAUCCUGGCGAAGGCUGGCACCAACACCAUCCGUACCUACGCCAUUGACCCUACCGCGGACCACUCCGCUUGCAUGAAGCUCCUCUCCGAUGCUGGCAUCUACGUUGUCUCCGACUUGGGAGAGCCCAAGACCUCCAUCAACCGUGACGACGCUCAGUGGAACACUGAUCUGUACACCCGCUACACCGCCGUCAUCGACGAGCUCGCCAAGUAUGACAACACCAUCGGCUUCUUCGCCGGUAACGAGGUCUCCAACAACAAGACCAACACCGAGGCUUCCGCCUUCGUCAAGGCCGCCGUCCGCGACUCCAAGAAGUACAUCAAGGACAAGGGCUACCGCUGGAUGGGUGUUGGCUACGCUGCCAACGAUGACGCUGAUAUUCGCGACAACUCUGCCCACUACUUCAACUGCGGCGACCAGGACUCCGCCAUCGACUUCUGGGGCUACAACAUCUACUCCUGGUGCGGUAAGAACACCAUGGCUGGCUCUGGCUACGAGACCCAGGUCCAGUUCUUCAAGAACUACUCCGUCCCCGUCUUCUUCGCUGAGUACGGCUGCAACAUCCCCGACGGUGCCGAGGGCCGUAUCUUCCAGGAGACCACUGCCCUGUACGACACUGAGAUGACCGAGGUCUUCUCCGGCGGUAUCGUCUACAUGUUCCACCAGGAGGCCAACGACUACGGUCUCGUCAAGGUUUCCAACGGCAAGGCCACCACCAUGAAGAACUACGACGCUCUUGCUUCCCGCGUCCUGGCUGCUACCCCCUCCGCCGUCCAGAUGGACUCCUACUCCCCCACCAACGAGCCUGCCGAGUGCCCCCCUGUCAGCUCUACCUGGGAGGUCAACGGCAAGGCCCUUCCCCCCACCCCCAACAAGGACCUCUGCUCUUGCAUGGUUUCCAGCCUUUCUUGCACUCCCAAGUCCGGCCUGAAGGCUUCCGCCAUCGGUGAGAUGUUCGGCUUCAUCUGCGGUGCCGACGCCUCCGCCUGCUCUGGUAUCUCCGCCAACACCUCCACCGGUGUCUACGGUGCCUACAGCAUGUGCAACGCCGAGCAGAAGCUUGCCUUCGUCCUCGACACCUACUACAAGAACCAGAAGAAGGCCAGCACCGCCUGCGACUUCGACGGCCAGGCCCAGGUCAUCACCCCCUCUUCCACCAACGAUACCUGCAAGACUGCCCUCGCCUCCGCCGAGGCCGCCAACUCUGCCGCUGCCACCGCCACCGCCCCCGUUGACUCCACCGCCAACCCCAGCUCUAGCGCCUCUGGCAACGCUGCCCCCGGCAACGUCUACCAGCCCCUCUUCACCUUCGGCUCCGUUGCCGUCGGCACCUACCUCGUCGCCGCCGUCGGUGUCGGUGCCGCCAUGGUCGCUCUGUAA